AUGGCUCGCAGGGCUGAGGAGAUCCAAGGGUACACGAACCGCAACGAAUGGAAGAAUUUCUUCUCCGCAAUCAAGACUGUCAACCGUUCACCAACCAAAGGAAUUCCUCCUCUUCUCGACGCCGACAGGAAUACCCUACUCACUGAGAAGAUACAAAUCUUACAGCAAAGGGUCAAGCACUUCGGAAGAGUCCUCAAUCGUUCCUCCACCAUCCCCUGCGCCGCCAUCGCCCGUCUGUCCCCAUUGCAGAACAACGUCAACCUCGACCUCCCACCCUCGCUCCGCGAAAAAAUCAAGGCCGUGAAGCAGCUUUCCAGGGGGAAAGCGGCCGGAUCGGAAGCGAUCCCUGCUAAGAUCUACAAGCGCGCUGGCCCCCAACUCAUGGAUCAUUUGACGGCACUCGUCCAGGAGAUGUGGCGUCAAGGAGGUCUUGCAGGACUUCAGGGACGACAAAGUCAUGCACCUCUACAAGCGGAAAGGAACCCGCCAGCUCUGCGACAACCACCAAGGCAUCUCCUUGCUGAGCAUCGUCUGGAAUACCUUCGCUCGCUUUCUCCUCGACCGCCCGAACCACCAUCUGGAACAAAGUCUCCUGCCGGAAAGCUAGUGCGGCCUCCGUCGUCAUAG